AGCGAGAGAGGGAGGACGGUGAUGAUGAUGAUGCUGCCGGUGGAAAAUGGCUGCUGCAUCCUCGAGCCCAUCCGAAACCCUAUGAAGGUGGACAGAGAAAGACAAGAAAAUGAGAGCAACGAGCGCAAGGAGUGAGUGAAAGAGAGACCGUGUGCGUGCGUAUGUGAGCGAGAGUGUGAGGACGCGCGCGCGCGUGUGUGUGUGUGUGAGUGUGAGAACGCGCGCGCGCGCGCGAGUGUGUGUGUUCGGUAAGAAGGGGAAUAAAAAAGACGAGAGACCGGGGGGCAGCCAGCUCGAAGCGGCGGGCAACACCGAGCCAUGGAGGGCGAUGUGCGUGUCCGAGCGGUGGUGAUGACACGUGACGAUUCUAGCGGUGGCUGGGUGCCCCUUGGAGGUGGCGGCCUCAGUCAUGUGAUCAUAUGUAAGGGGCGGAGCUCUGAAGGUCGUGGGCGGAGAGAGUACGUCAUACGUGGAGAACGGCUACGCGAUCGAGCACCUGUGCUGGAAUGCGCCAUUCAAAAGGGUCUGGUCUACAACAAGGUGAACCCCAUCUUCCAUCACUGGCGUGUGGAGGAGAGGAAGUUUGGUCUGACCUUCCAGAGUCCAGCUGACGCCAUCUCCUUCGAGAGGGGGCUUCAAAGUGUCCUUGAAAAGCUGGACAGAGGAUCUGACUCGCCAUCCUCCUCGACACCUGAAGAGGGAGACACUGAGGAUGACGGUCAAGCAUCUCAUACAGGGAGUGAGUCGUCAUCCAACAGCAGAAAAGAGAUGCUGCCCAAACCCAUUACCAUUGUGACCAGUGAGUCCUCCUCCACCUGUUUUGUGCGCUCCACCGAGGAGUUUGCGUAUGGGACAGGGCACGCCUGCACGACGCAGACCCCGGCCCAGAUCCACACCCGACCUGCCCAGCACCAGCUCACCCAAGUUACCGCCGUUUUGAACCCUCCGGCGCCCCCUCCGCCUCCUCCAGCUCCCCCGACCCCCCCCAUAGUGCCCCCUGCCUCCUCCCCCCUCUCUCCACUCUCGCCCACCAUCUCCCUGCUGGAGGAAGGGGACCUCCGCAGCCUCGACCCCUGCAAGGACCUGUGGGGUACGCGCGGCUACGAGGACUACCGCCGUGCCGGUGCUACACGGACCAAGGUGGGCGGGCUGACGGGGGGCGUGGUGGUGGGCGGUGCCCAGGACAAGUCGGAGCUUUGCGUGGUGCGCUUCGAGAAGGAACUGGCCGGUGUGGGCACCACGGGCUGUGAGGUCACCGUCAUGCUGGACACCAAAGGCUCUCAGCUCAACUCUUCGCCCACCUGCAUGCCCAACGCCGUGCCGGGAGUGCCGUCGGCCAGCGGCUCCCCGCAGGAGACGGGCAAAAGCUCGCCCUCGCCCUCGCCCUGCUGCAUCCACACCUCGCUCGCCACGCCCCGCUCUCGGACUCGCAAGCGAGGGGCCGGCGGAGGGGAAGCCAUCUCGCCCGACGACGACAGCUCAUGUCCGCAGGGCUCCUCCUCCUGUUCGUCGCGCUGCGUGUACUGCCGCUCCGUCUUCAGCGCCUCCGAGAACGGACGGGGCCGCUGCCGGGACGCUCCUGAUCCGGCGCUACACUGCCUGCGCCAGUGGACGUGUGUGUGGUGCGCGGAGAGCCUGCUCUACCACUGCAUGUCGGACUCCGAGGGCGAGUUCUGGGAGCCGUGCUCGUGCGAGGACUCGAUGGGCGGCCGGCCGCACACGCUGUGCUGCGCCCGCUGGAUGGUGCUGUUGGCGCUGUCUCUUUUCGUGCCCUGCAUGUGCUGCUACCUGCCCCUGCGCGCAUGCCUGCGCUGUGGGGAGAGAUGCGGCUGCUGCGGAGGAAAGCACAAGGCCGUGCGAUGAGGCCUGACCGGGGGGAGGGCGUGUGGGCGGGGCUUAUUGUGACGGGACGGGAGCACAAAAACGUUGUCGUCGUUCGAGGAACAGCCGUAGAGCCAGAUCUCCUACAUAAACCUUCACGAUAAUAUCCCCUCGCCCCCUCCGAGGCCGUCUGCUGCAUUCCGCUCUUUCUAUUCUCUGCUCGGACCCUUCACGCUCGUACCGGCGGUGGGUGCAUGGGUUCGGGGAGAUCGCUCUCUGAUUUGCUGGUCGUUGGGGUCAGGGGUCGUCUCCGGGAGGUGGGGAAUGAAUGGGGAUCAGUGACGUGUAAACAAUUGUUAGUUUUUUUUUUCUCUUGGGUUUUAUUUUUUAUUUAAUUAUGGAGAAAAUAUGAGAUGAAAAAUGUUUAUAGCUAUGGUUAUCAGACCUUUUUUUGAGUAUCUAAUUUUACUUGAACUAUUGAAAGAUAUUUUUUUGCAAUUGAUUUAACGAAUACACUCCCCUUGUACCUCUAAGUUACUGAGUUUUACCUCAAAGUCCAGAGGAGAGCAAGGCAGAUAGACUUAUUUCGGGGACUGUGUGCUGUGGUGAGGUUUUGUAUAUGGUCUUUGCGGUAGGUUUUUCACGCACGUUCAGCCACAACAUAUUUGUGAAGGAGAACAUGUUGAUGUCGUAUCACUUUUAGUUGUUUGAGAACAGGGAACGUGAACGGUCUGAUCGAGGGCAGUUUCACCAAAACCACCACUUUCACCACAUACAUGCUCAUUCUUCUGUCAAGAGAGUAUAGUUGUAUUGAACUUGCCAGCAACCAAGAAUGUUGCCUAUAUUUGAAGUACAGACCAAAAACGUGGAGAUAAUCUAGACGUGAAUCUGCCGAACAUUUGCACAGCAAAUGUGAACCGAGGCCUUGAAAUGUAGUUGUACACGCCACCAAAAAUACAGUGCAAUUAGUUAUUAGUAAGAAGUAAAGAAUAAAAGAGCAAAGGCUUGUUGUGUGUGACACAACAUUUUAACUUUAUCUGUCCAUAUGGCAACAAGAGAAGUACUCAAUUGUUAACUAUAACGAGUUACAGCGCACCUCACGUGUGCUUUUGGGCCGUCGCACCGUGUCCUAAACAGAGCAACGAAGUGACAGGACAUUUUGUCUGGGUAGCCCCGCCCACAGUGAAAUCCCAUUGGCUGGCUGUGACUGUGUUACAGUAUAGAAUUUUGUUUUCACUGUGGACGGGCAAAUGACAUGACACUGAAAACUUCGUUGCAAGAAUUUAAACCAAUCAGUUCAAACACUGCCUGGCAUAACUGUUUGGACCUCAAAGUGUUAAGAAACAUUGCUUUAAAUAUCUCGAAGCUGCUAUUUCAACUCCCCUACACUUGUCUUACCUCGCUGCUAGUAAUGAGGAGUUAGGGAUUCACAGCCCUGUAGUCAAUGUUUGAGUUAGGAAGACAACGCCUCUAAAUUAUGAUAUCUAUGAUGGGGAAGAACUAACGUCCAAACUCCAAGAGGUUUCUCCAUCAAUGUUGUAUUAACUGCUCAUUAGAGUCACUUUAAAAGAAAAGGGUUUUACAGCAAGAUGAACCACUGGACCAUUCGAUCUACACACAUGCAUUGUAUUUCAUUGUCCAUCUGGACUCAUUUCAGUCCAUUUUCGAAGACGUGAAACAUUCUCUCUCACUCACACACACACACACACUCACUCUUUAUGGGCAGAAUAUUAGACAUGAGUAGAGAAACACAAAAAGACCCAAAAAUAGCACUGGAAAAAAGAGAACUUUGCGAGAUGAGACCACCCUUGAGGGCCCUAGUCAUACAUCCUAUUAAUAAAUGUGCCUUUUGAUUUAUUUAACCAAUAACCUAUAAUUUCUAAGUAACGACGUACCUAAAUACUCAUUUUCUUUUCCAGGUUGUUUAUUUCUGCCAAUGUGCAUAUUUUAAUAUGUAUGUGUCUAUUAGUUUGAAAAGUAAUCAAUGGAAAAUAUUACCUGUUUAUAUAUUUAUUGAGAUAUUUAUUCUAAUUCUUUAUUUAUUUUUGGAGACGGGUUUUUAUUUUCUGUGCUGUCUUACUUCUCUGACUUUGUGCCAAUUUGCUGCUUUGAGGUGUUACAUAUCGUGGGUUUGUAUCAUUAAUUAAACCCUAACUCUAUAUUUUAAUGAAAAAAGUUUGCACUCUGAAUCGUGUUUACAUGUGUUUAUGUACUCUAAUUGUGGGACGGCAUCAUUCAGCAUUCACUCAUAACCACAAUAUCAGUCUGGUGUAUUAGAGCACAAGACAGCAAUAGUGCAUUGUGCUCCAUUCAAACAUCCAGUUGGAAUAGGCCAAAUUUCAUGAAGAAAUGUCUAGGUCAUAUUUCUCCCUAUUUUCAAAGGAAACACCUAAGAAUUUAUAUUUUGCAUAAAGAAAAGUAAAUUAAUAUUUUCAGGACAAUAAUCCCCCAAAAAACAAAACAAAAUUCUGUGCAGACAAUAUUUUCAAUAUCAAUAAAAAUGAAAUUAAAAUCUGUGUAUUAUUAUAUUUAACAAACACUACUUAUAUACUCAUGUAAUUUAAAUAAUUGCAUUAUUAAUUUGUAUUAUAGUGGUCCAAAUUACAGACUACAGAGAACUGGGAGGAGGAUGUGCUUGGUUGUCACGAAAAUAAUGUUAAAAAAAAAAAAAAAUCUUGAAAUAAGAGCCAGACGAUUUCUGACAGUUGUGUUUGAU